CUCUUUCAUUCUCAUACGUUGCUCGGAAUCAUUAAUUUUCGUCAAUCUGAAGCCAUGCUCCGAAUCUCCCGGUCAAUCAGGCAGACCCAAAUAUUGAUCAAAUUGCAGACCUUUAGACCCCUAUCUACAUCUUCAAGAAUGUCUGAUAAAUCGUCACUCGACGCCAACAAAGGCUCCGUGGGCAAGGAGUUCACCCCGAAAGGCAAGGUUGGCGGGAUAAUGCAAGACAAGAUAGGUGGUCCAUUUGACAAAGAUGGAGUAGUCGGCAAGCAAUUCAAGACUGACGGACCUAUUGGAGGCACGGCUCAAUCGGCAGCUGAGCAGAUGCAGGGUGACAAGAAGCCUGUGUUUGACAAGGAUGGUGCCGUCGGCAAGCAGUUCAAAGCUGACGGAGCAAUCGGGAGUAUAGGAGAGAAAGUGGGAGGACCAUUCGCGUCGGAUGGUGCCAUCGGGAAGAAUUUCAAUCCCGAUGGCGCAGUGGGAGGUACAGUGCAAGAAAACAUGGGAUCAGGCAAAAAGUAGUCUUGAUCACGAAAGUCCGUCGAUCGUUGGAAGAUAGCCACCCGCGCAUGAAUCGCAAGAGGUGAUAGAUAGCAUGACUUGGUUCUGACCAUGACACUCUGCAAUUUAUCCUCUACAUUGGUUUGAAGAUAUCGUUCCUAUUUCCUUCUGGUGAUCAUGGAGCUCUUAAAUGUUUGGCCGUCUUAGAUUCUGCAGCUUCAAGAGACAGUCAUGACCUCUGCG